AUGGCCACCCGGGAAACCUCCAAAUCCGACAACGGGUCGAAAUUGCUACAAUGGCCACCAAGAAGGCUUGAAAACGGAACGUCCCGACACUUGGAGAUGUUUAUGAACAGUGUUUCGAUUCUAAUGGCUGUCGUUGUCGCGGUUUACGUUGGUCUUCUCUUCCGUUUUAACGGCCUCGAAAUCCAAGACUCGCCGGCCAUGUGGCGGUUCACACUCGAAUUCAACCAACUUGCUCCCACUAUUGUACCAUUGAUGUUCGCCUUCGUUCUAGGCCGGACCAUCAGAAGCUUCGCUCACUGGAGGCUGCAGCGAGGGGAGCGUGUUGGUUUCUUGGACAGUCUUCUUGGUUCUACGACAAUGACUGGGACCGUGACGACAAUGAUUGACAUGAAGAGGGUCAGAUGGUCAAGCGUCGUGUUGGUGCUCAUCUGGGCGUUUUCACCUUUGGGAGGCCAGGCCGCUCUUCGAGUUUUACUCAAGAAGCCCGAAGCCGUCGUCUCUUUUGCCGAGCUCCCGUAUCUGGAUGUCAACACUUCGUUCCCAGCGCAAUACAUUGGCAGCAACAUAGGAAAUGCGCAGCUCCCGAUCAAUUCUCUCGUCUACAGCGCUCUUGGGGCGUCUGGGGAGGUCAUACAGUCCAGCCAAGACACCUCUGGCAAUGUCAAGAUCCCCAUGAUUGAGCCCUUGCUUGGUCGUCAUAGCACGAAGGCAGACGAGUGGAUCACCUUGAACGAUGAAGACAGGGCCUCGAUAACCUGGUCAUCACUCAUCGGCAUUCCCUUCGGCAAUAUCUCGCGAACAGGCAGGACCAUCUUCAACCUGGAAACUUCGUAUCUCAAGAUGGACUGUCCCAUCUUCAAAGAGACUGAACAUGCCAGUGAACUUGUGGUCGACGGAGGAUUGGACUGCACAAUACCCAUCAAUGGGAAAACGUUCAACUGCAGCACACUCACCUCCUGGGGAGGUCUGUCGACAACGCCGUACCCAGACGGUAGAACAAACGGCACUCGUCAACGCUGCAUUGAUCCCACCGCGUCGGCGCGCGACUUUCAUUACUUUGACUGGUCACCGGCAAAAGACGAGCCAACAUAUGCCAAUUGCAAGAUCAACUCUACGUACGUCGAGACACAAAUCGCCUGCGACGGCUACGACUGCAUCCCCACGGCGAUACGAUCGUCGGUCUCGCCCGGGAACCCAAGCGCCAACUUCACAUUCUUCGACAGCUGCCAGAGCGACAAUGAACUUGCCAGCUUGUACUUUCAGAACCUGUUCAAAAGUCUCACAGAUCCUACCAACCGGCAGAAGAGCCCGUCGAUUAUCCAGACGUACAUAGUUGAUCCGGAGAAGGGGCUCAAUGCAACGGCGGUCUUCGACUUCCCGCGGGCGAUCCAUGCCGGGAGAGAGAAUUUUGAGAUUCGAAUGGCGCAGCUUCUCAAUACCUACUGGCUAGCACCAUAG